AAAGGUCAAGUACUAUUUUUGUUUACGAAGUUUUGCAUUCUGCCGGUUGUUUAACUUGCACGUACGUACGUUGAAAAUUAUUUACUAUUCAAGUUGGAAAUAGGAUAAUAUUUAGAAUUUAUAAAAACUUCUGUAAAAUAUGGAAGAUGAAGAUUAUGAUGCUAUCAGGAGGAAUAAUAUCGCAGAAAGGGAUGCAUUUUUUUCAGAAAUCUUCAAAGACUUUAAAAAAGACCAAGGGGAUCCAAGGAUAGAGGAAAAACCGUUUCGAAGAACCCUCGAAGUUUCGGAUGCUGAAAACGAAGAGAAAUAUCUGCCUCCAAGGAAACGACGCAAACCAAAUGGCUCCGAAAGCAGAAGUUGGCGGCCAAAGCAGGUGAAGUUGGAAUUUCACCGGAAAUAUAAUACGCGGAGCCGUGCGAAAAAAGGCAUAACUACGUCUGAUUCAGAAGAUUCGAGUGACGAGGAUGAUGGCAGAAAACGACGUAGGGGAGCAAAGUUGCAAGUUCUUUUCCCAUGGGCAGUUCCUUUUGAGAGAAAAAUUGCUAUGAUGAAAUGGAACUUGUUUGGCCAAGACGAUAAAGACGACGAUGAGAACGAACGAAGUUACAAAACUAGUGAAUCCUCUGAUGAUGAAUACCAUAGGAAAAAAAUUGUCCAUCGAGUAUUAAAGUCAGCAUACAAUCCAGAUAGCAUACCAUCCCCAGAUGAAAUAACUGAGGCACAGUUAUCAAACAUUGCAGAAAAAAAUUCUGGAAAAAUAUACAAUGCAAAGAAUGGUACAAGUUGCCAUCAGUGCAGACAGAAAACUAUGGAUACAAAAUCUGUAUGCAGAUCUGGCGAAUGCAUCGGGGUUAGGGGUCAGUUUUGCGGCCCUUGUUUACGCAACAGAUACGGAGAAGAGGUUGCGAUAGUUUUAAAAGAUCCGAAAUGGGCUUGUCCCCCAUGCAGAGGACUCUGUAACUGCAGUAUAUGCAGAACGCGCAAUGGGCAAUGCCCGACAGGAAUUUUAGCUCCCGCUGUACAGGAACGAGGAUAUACAUCUGUGCAGGAAUAUCUUGAAUCUAUAGGUGCCGAGAAUACGUAAUUAUUUCGAAUUGUAAAAAUAUGUCGGAUGAGUACAGAGUAGAAAUUGUUGUUUGCUCAUGUUCCUAAAGGUGAUUUUAAUGAAUUUUAAUAACGAUUACCUUAAAGUUACUAAAAUAUUCUAUAAUUUCUAUAACGUGAUUGGACCGUGCCUUGAUAAAUGACAAACACCUUACUAUUAAAUAUAAGUUUUUAAUCA